CAUGCGAUAGUGCAAAAAAAAACGAGGAAGACUCCAUCAACUCAUGACUGUCGUAGAAACUGGACGGGAAGUUCAAAAGCUAUGGAACCAGACAUGUGCAUAGGAAUGCUGAAAGAUCUGGGAGAAAAGGAUGUGCAAGUGGGGACUAUCAUCAUGGACAAUGAUACUACAACAAUAGCAAGGGCUCGUACUGAGGUAAACCCAGCUUUGAAGAAACAAUGUGAUAAAAAUCACACACUGAAACAGUUUACAAACAAGUUGUAUGACCUGAAAAGUGUAAAAACUAUAAAGAACUAAAUCCUAAGACUAUAAGUCACAUUUCAAAGUGCUUCAGAUACUGUGUCAGCCAAAAUCAACAUGACUUGGAUGGUAUGAGGAAAAACUUGGAGGCUAUAGGCAGACAUGUCUUUGGUAAUCACAGCUUGUGUGGAUCUUGGUGUGGGUAUUUAUCAUCACCGAUGACUUACAAACCCCUUCAGUUGCCAUAUCACCGCUAUCUUUCCGAUGAACGACUGAAAGUUGAUUUGACAUCGAUAGUUGACUUCUACAUUUCACAGGCCGAUAGAUUGGUGGAUUUAGGAAGUACCCAGCCCAAUGAAAGUGUAAACAAUACUGUGGCAAGCAAAACUCCAAAAUCAACAUUCUAUUCCGGAUCAGAGAGCAAUGACUUUAGAGUAGCUGCAGCAGUUGCACAAAAAAAUUUGGGUCAUCAAUAUGUAUUACAGGUAAAUGAAAAAUUGUUUCUUUCACCUGGGAAAGUUACCAGCAGAAUUGCUAUGAAAACAGACUUGAAAAGAAAGAAAGACAACGACACAGAGGAUACAGCGGAGUACAAGAAAAGAAGAGCAUUGAAGAAAGUCGAUAGCAAGAACAAUCAAGAAUCAUCGGCAGUGAAAGAGGGGAUCACGUAUGAAACUGAUGUUGACAUCAACAACAACACUGAAGACAGCAUCAUAGAAAUACCCCCUCCUCUUACCAAACCCCUUCUAACACCCAUUGCAGCUGGGCAGUAUACAUUUGUAUACCCUGACUUGGAAACAACAGGUCUUGAUAAAGAUUGUGAAGUAACGCAGAUAGGAGCUUGUACUGGUGAUAAAUCAUUUGCCAAGUAUGUCACUCCAACAAAACCCAUCUCUGCUUCUGCUACAGCUGUGACUGGACUAGCCAUCAGAGAGAAUAUCAUGUACAAGAAUGGACACCAAGUUCUCAAUAAGACAAGUCACGAAGCUUUACAAUCAUUUAUUGAAUGGAUGAAGCAAUUUACCAACAUUAUUCUUGUUGCCCACAAUGCCAUGUUUGAUUCAAGAGUUAUUGUGCGGAUAUUUGAAUCAGUGGGAUUGUGUGCCAGUGACUUCUUCGUUGGAUUUACUGACACUCUGCCAUUAUGUAGAGAAUUCAUCCCAAAUAGAAAAUCAUAUAAACUUAUAGAUUUGGCUAAAGACAUAUGUAGUAGGCAUUAUGAUGCUGACGAUGCUUUGUCUGAUGCUCAGACCCUACAAGAACUUAUGCUUUGUGUAAAAGUCUCUUCAGAUAUGAUGCUCAAGCAUAGUUUCUCAACCCAGUUUGUUAUUGAAAACAUCUCUUUUGCAGACCUGACUAGCCGAAAUUUAUGUUCUUUACAACAUCUUGUAGAUAGCAAUGUCUUGUCAAAAUUUACUGCAAACAAAAUUGCAUCAUCUGGCCUUCAUUUCCAGCACCUUUUUCUUGCCUAUCAGAGAGAUGCAGUAAAUGGAAUAAAAAUUGUAUUGUCUGACAGAUAUACAACAGGUAAAGUGCGUGUUACUUCAAAUUCUAGGAUUAUUUCUUCUCUUCAACAGCAUUUUAUGAAUCUGAAAUAGAUUUGUGAACAUCCAAUUGUUUGCUGGGAUAUUGUAUUGUAAAUCAGUCACAUUUUCUUGUGUUAUGAACAUUUAUCGCUGUUUGAAUUCAAAAAUAUUUGAUUCCUUGAAGAUAUUGAACAGGGAAUGUGAAUAAACAUUAUUAUUUACAACAACCUAUUAUGUCUUUUUCACAAAGAGAGGUAACUCAAG